AUGUCCACCCAACCAAACAAUGCACCACCGACCUCGGUCACAGAUGCUGUCCUCGUCGCCUCAGAACCAGUGCCGGAGGGGACUCACAAGGUCAGCGGGGUUGACUUUGAGAAGUACCAGGGACGCGAUAUCACCGUGGCAGAGAUGGUCGACAACAUGAAGUACAUGGGCUUCCAGAGCAGCGCUGUUGCCGAUGCUGCGCGUAUUAUCAAUGAGAUGCGCGCCUAUAGACAUCCCGAAACCGGCGACAAAACCACGAUUUUCCUCGGCUACACCUCCAAUCUGAUUUCCUCCGGCCUCCGAGACACUAUUCGCUACCUAGUCCGACACCGUCACGUUUCUGCCAUCGUUACUACUGCUGGCGGGGUGGAGGAGGAUCUCAUCAAAUGCCUAGCGCCGACAUACAUGGGCUCCUUCACAGCCCCUGGAGCUAGCCUCCGGGCUAAAGGUCUCAACCGUAUCGGAAAUCUGAUUGUUCCCAACAGCAACUACUGUGCUUUCGAAGAUUGGCUCAUCCCCAUUCUGGACAAGAUGCUCGAGGAGCAAGAGACAGCCAACAAGAAGGCGCAAGAGACGGGCAACGAGGAGGAUGAGCUACACUGGACACCGAGCCGCGUUAUUGAACGACUGGGCCACGAGAUCAACCAUGAAGACUCGGUGCUCUACUGGGCUGCCAAAAACAACAUUCCGGUCUUCUGCCCCGCGCUCACUGACGGAUCUCUUGGUGACAUGCUAUAUUUUCACACGUUUCGCUCCUCUCCGAAGCGUCUUAGGGUGGAUAUCGUCGACGAUUUACGUCGAAUCAACACAAUGGCUGUGCGGGCGGCUCGAGCGGGUAUGAUUAUUCUUGGAGGAGGUCUGAUCAAGCACCAUAUCGCCAAUGCUUGUUUGAUGCGAAAUGGGGCAGAACACGCGGUCUACAUAAACACAGCGCAGGAGUUCGACGGAAGCGAUGCUGGGGCCCGUCCGGAUGAGGCUGUUAGCUGGGGUAAGAUUAAGGCAGAUGGCCAGUCGGUUAAAGUUUAUGCAGAAGCGACUGUGGUGUUCCCGCUUAUUGUGGCAGCCACUUUUGCACGGGCCGAGCAGCCUCAGUCCGCCACUGAAGAAGUCAAAAACUGA